UUAUAACAAAAUCUUUCUCCUUUGUCUGGCUUUUUCUCCUUUGCUCUCUCACAUGUGUAUAUACACACAAAAACACAUACACACACUCACAUUUCUAUUAUCAUAUAAUACUUCAACUUUACCUUUCUCUUCCAAAAAAACUAUUUUCUCUUCAUCAAAUUAUAUUUUGAUCAUUCCAGCUUUUCCUCAUCCUCUCCUCUAUGGCCGUCUCACCUAAUUCAAGCUUCUUAGAAUUAACAAUAUCAAUUCCAAGCUUCUCUCCAUCUCCUUCACUCCCUUCAUCUGGUGACCACAUGGUGAGAGAUUUGGACAUAAAUCAAACUCCAAAGACGGAAAAAGAUCGCGAGUGGAUCAUGAUCAGUGCAACACCGCAUGUCUACGACGACGAAGACGGCAACUCUGGUGGCCGACGGCGCAAAAAGCUCCGUCUAACCAAAGAUCAAUCGCAUAUUCUUGAAGAGAGUUUCAUACAAAACCAUACCUUAACCCAUAAACAGAAACAAGAAUUGGCCACUUUUCUGAAGCUUAGUCAAAGGCAAGUUGAGGUGUGGUUUCAAAAUCGAAGAGCAAGGAGUAAGCUCAAGCAUACGGAGAUGGAAUGCGAGUACCUAAAGAGAUGGUUUGGGUCACUGAAGGAGCAAAAUCGACGGCUACAAAUAGAAGUUGAAGAACUACGAGUUCUAAAGCCAGUAUCCACCUCGGUUUUAACCAUGUGUCCUCGAUGUGAACGUGUGACCGCUGCAGCAGAUCAUGACUCUAAUGCCGUGAAGGAGGGAACAGCUCCGAGAAGCCAGUCACGGAUGACAAUUUCCUCUUCCUCUACCCUGUGUUGACUGGCUCGGUCAAAAGUCAAAGAUUGAAACGCCUGUUUAGGUGUAAAAAGUAAAGAUUUGAUGAUGGUUAGGAGGAUCUUGUUCAUAAUUCUCUAAUUAUUUAUUACACCAAUGAGCCAAGGGAAUUAUUUAAUAUUAGUUUUAUAGCUUUU